GCUCCGCGCGUGUGGCGCGGCCGCGCUGUCGGGCAGUCGGUCCGGCAGUCAGGCAGGGAGCGGGCGGCUGCUGGCCUCUCCGUCCCUCCUCCUGUUGGGUGCCUCGGGGUCUCCCUGCCCUCGUUCUCCCGCGCUGCCAGGCGGGGAAAGCCGCCCCGGCGAGAUACUGUGAACAAGGACACUGAACCAAAAGAUCCAUAUCCCGUUCCAAGAAAGAUUAUGGCUGAACCAGACUACAUAGAUGAUGACAAUCCUGAAUUAAUUAGACCUCAGAAAUUAAUUAAUCCUGUGAAGUCAUCCCGGAAUCAUCAAGACCUCCAUAGAGAGCUGCUUAUGAAUCAGAAAAGGGGCCUUGCACCUCAGAACAAACCAGAGCUACAGAAGGUGAUGGAGAAAAGGAAACGAGAUCAAGUUAUUAAACAACAAAAAGAGGAGGAAGCACAAAAGAAGAAAUCAGACCUGGAAAUAGAGCUACUGAAAAGGCAGCAGAAACUGGAGCAGCUUGAACUGGAGCAACAGAAGAUACAGGAAGAGCAGGAAAAUGCACCUGAAUUUGUCAAAGUCAAGGGCAACUUGAGGAGGACGGUCCAGGAGACAACAGAAGCACCAGACUCAUAGAGCCAGCACCUGCUAAGACUUCCAGCUUUCCUGCAGAGAGAGGCUUUUGCAAGUUGUCUCCGACUUGCCGCUCAAGAGGGAAAACAAGGGCAUUCAGCUGACACUGAAGAGGAGAUCUUUAGUUCCUGGGACAUGUGGAUUAAAAGGACAGUUCCAGAAACAGAUCGACUUGCCAAACGCAGUCCCAGCAUGGAUGGAUCAGGAGUCUGUUUGUCAGUUCAGUGUCAUGGACCAGUCUGAUGUGCUUACUCAGAGAUUUUAACCAGGGAUACUAGAGAAACACCUUCAGUGUUGCACUGCUUUAUCUCUUGUGAUCCUAAUUUAGUGGAGAUACACAGAUUAUAUUUUGCUUUAAAACAGAUCAAAAAUCCUCCUGUGAUAUCUUACAAAGCUUUGCCGUGCAGGUAGAUUUCCUCCAUCUAGACCUACAGCCUGUGUGUAUCCCAUGCUGAUUUGUGUUUAGUUGGGAUUUUAAUCAAACCUGGGGAGGACAUGAGGUAUGUUGGUCACUGCUGCCCAUCCCUACUAGGUGUGGGCAAGACAAGAAUGAUUAAAAUUCACCAGCAGUGAAAAGUUAAGCAGCCUUAAAGCCCAUUUCUCCCUGUUUGGCAUACAGAAUUUGGGCUAUGAAAGAGCAGAAAUCUCUUGAUCCUCUCACCAGGGAGAAUCCAGAAGCUGAUUGAUCUCUGUCUCUAAACUUGCACCAUUGUGUACAGGCCUGUGCAGUGCUACCUGUGAACUUACCUCUCAGUGCAAAAUGACCUGUCUUCUGCUUUUUUGUAUUGAAAUCCUACUUUGCUGUUGUGGCCUUUCUCCUGCAAGAACAUGCUGAUCUGAGUACAGUGCUGACACAUUACUUGAUAGUGUUUAAACUUAUUUGCGGGGACUGAAGUCAGGAAUCUGAUCUGCCAUCAGCUCCUGCUCUUCAUUUGCAGGAACUUGUUGCAGUUCCAGCACGGAGCAGCAUUUAAGCCAGAGCAAACUGAUCGUUGUAAUCUACUGAAAUGGAUAUUUUUUCCCUAAAGUGAGGCAUAAAAUGAGGUUUAUUUUAUCCCAUCCUUCCUUUAGCCUCAAGAAAGAAGGGAAGUGUGUUAUCACUGAGUCUUAGAGCCCAAUUCUGUUGCCUUCUGCCUUUCCAUAAGUUGCCCCUGUGACUUGCCAUUAAACAAAAUACUGCUUAACUUGCACAGGGAUGGCAGAACCUGGGCCUUCACGCUUAUGACUACUAGUUACCCAGGAAAGCCUGAGAUGAGGAAAGGGGAACAGAGUGGGGCAGAUUACUCAUGUAGGAUUAUAGAAGUGAAUUUUUAACCUGGUGUGAAUGGGUGCAGAUAUCUUAGCUUCAGAAGCUGGGGAUAAAUCCUCAUCUUCUUAGGUCAGCGCAGCCCUAGCUCUCACUGAAGCUGUGUUCAUCUGUAUCAGCUGAGGAUCUAAUCUUAGUUUUUGCCUUAGGAUGCUAAACAAAAUAAUUUCUACUUUGUAAUUACAUUUGACAUACCUGUUUGAGAACACUUUUCUAUUAAUAUCAGCAGUGAUGUGUUUGUACAAGGUGGUGGGGGAGGGUUUGUUAGUUUGGUUUUUAGUUCCUUUUGCCUUUCCUGUGCUUGGUAUUUUAAAUACGAUUUCAGCAUAGCACUUGGGACAAAACGCUCACAGUUAGAGAUGUUUCCUAGAUACAGACUUCAGUAUGUCAAGAUCCUGGCAUUUUUUUUAUGAGGACAUAAUCAGGUUGAGAGUAAAUUGAAUUGUGAUAAGUGUAUUGCCAUUGAUUUAAACUUGCAGUGUGACUCAUAUCUAGAAGAUUAAAUGUGAAGAUGGUCCACCAGACUUCAGAUUAUGGAUAUUCAAAAGGCCAAAUGUAAGGUUCUUCCAUGUGUUUUCACAACAAAGGAACAUCCUCAGUGCUGCAACUUCUUCCCUCUCUCCUUCCCUUCUUCUGGAAGGAGAGGCUCUUCCUUUCUGGCAGCACAUUAUUCAAACACUUGCACUGAUGGAGUUUGGUUUUUGUUGUUCAGACAGCACUAUACACAAACUUUCUACACCAUGCUUAUGUUUUAUCUUAGCUGUUCCCAGCCUACCAAACUUCAUGCCUCUUGGUUUCCACUCCUGCUUAAUAUGGAAAUGUCUAGAAGUUGGUGAGGGAACUUUCCUCUGAUUCAACCUUUUCAGUGUUUUCCCCUCGGUGAACAUGGCAAUCCUACCGUGUAUGAACAGUCAAAUGAAGCUGGUGUAAUCCAAAUAGCACUGGAGUCAGUAGAGGACACUGACCUCUCUUUGGCUUCAGGGACUGGGUUGGAUUGGACCCUUCAGGGCUGGUCAUUCUGCUUUCUCUCCAUAUUAGCUUGUGAUUCAGAACAGUUUCUGAACACAGGAAGCCAGAAAACUCCCUUGUACAUAGAGCACGAAGUAGUUUUUUUGUUUUCAGUUGGAAUUAGUUUUCUGUGUGAACAGAACAUCGAUGUGUGUGAUGGAACAUCUUUGAAUUCUGCUGACCCUUUAGUCUAGGAAUCCCAGUCACCAUGGCAAUUUGAGAGGCAAAAGCUCGCCUUUAAAAGUCAGAAUUGGGGUAGAGUGGGCAACCCUUCAAUGGUUAGUCAGCUGGUCAUACCACAAAUGUUCUGUGUGGCUAACCAAGUAGGAAACUGCUUGCCAGUGAGCAUAAGGAAUUCCUGAUCUGCCCUUUAGCUGUGUGGGGUUUGAUGCAAUCCAGCAAAUACUUCAGUGAUUUGAAAAUGGCUAACUUACCACUUUGUACUUUUUUAAAGCUCCUGCUUUCGAUAGUGUAGUAGUAAAACUUUUAGCUUUUUUUUUUGGUGGCUUUAACCUUCUGUUAAUAUCUGCACUUGUUUGAGUGUACAUAUAUAAAUAUACAUAAAUAUAAAAAGGGAGCCUUAAUGGAUUUGUUUUCAUAAUUUAAUAUUUUUUGUAUUUGCUCUUGGAUAAUUGUUUUUAACUAAAGGUAUUAUGAGAAUGAGGGUGGAUUACUUAGAACCAAAGUUAUGCUUAAUAAAAUCUGCUACAUGCUUGG